AUGGCACCUCGGGGUUCAGAACCGACGCAUCAUUGCUUGAGUCAAGCCGUGUACCGUGUGGGAAUACUGGCGGCAUUGAGGUCCAUUCAGACCAGGUCUACAAUCGGCCUCAUGAUAACGACCUCACACAACACUGUAACAGAUAACGGGAUCAAAGGGGCGGACCCGUCAGGCGGGAUGCUGACUCAGCAGUGGGAGCCAUUUGCCGAUGACGUUGCUGAUAGCAUAUUUGCUAAUGCCACUGACCCUCUUGCUCUCAUUCAGUUGUUGGAUGAUUUUGUGAAGAAGGAAACCAUUAAACUUGAAGGAGCCCCUGCAGCCGAAGUUUUUUUGGGAAGGGACACUAGGCCAAGUGGGAUGUUUCUUGUUGAGGCUGCCAAACAAGGCAUAAAGUCAAUCAUAGGAGUUCCGGUCUCGGAUAUUGGAGUCGUGACAACUCCUCAACUGCAUUGGAUGGUUCGUGCAAAAAAUAAGGGCAUGGAAGCACAUGAGAAAAAUUACUAUGACCAGCUUUUAACUUCUUUUAGUAUCACACUACUAGAAAAUAUUAGUAACAAUGUGAAUGACAAAUUGAUCGUGGAUGGGGCUGAUGGUGUUGGUGGACAAAAUAUUUUACAGUUGAUGUCAAAGCUGAGUAAUUUAACAAUUGAUGUUCGUAAUUUUGGUGAUGGUGUAAUUAAUGAAGGUGCAGGUGUUGAUUAUGUGCAGAAAGAGAAGAUUGUUCCACGUGGUAUUGGUCCGGCUUAUGCUGGCAUGAGGUGUGCCAGUUUAGAUGGAGAUGCUGAUCGGCUCAUAUACUUCUCUGUUUUACCAAAUAGUUACAAGAUUGACCUUGUUGAUGGGGACAAAAUACUGUCCUUGUUUGCUUUAUUUCUCAAGGACCAAUUAAGCAUUUUUAAUGGGCCUGAAGUUGGAAAAAAUGCCAAUAAUUCCUAUCAAACAUCUCUUGCUCUAGUACAGACAGCUUAUGCUAACGGGGCCUCCACUGAUUACUUGAAACAGUUGGGGCUCGAGGUUGUGUUGACUCCAACAGGAGUCAAAUACCUUCACGAAAAAGCCGCUGAGUUUGAUAUCGGCAUAUAUUUUGAGGCAAAUGGGCAUGGGGCCAUCUUGUUUUCAGAUAAUUUUCUGUCCUGGUUGGAGACUAAAAACAACGAACUUUCAUCAUCAUCAUCAGAAGGUUCGGAUCAACACAAGGCGGCUUUGAGAUUGUUGGCUGUGAGUAAGUUGAUUAAUCAGGCUGUUGUGGACGCUAUCUUGCAGCAUAUGGGCUGGUCUAUUCAUAAAUGGAAUGGGCUCUAUCAAGAUUUACCGAGCAGGCAACUUAAGCUAAAUAUCUACGAGGAAGGUGCUUUAUACGACCCUCAGGAACAGAAGAUGUGGUUAGGGUGUAUGCUAAAGCAUCUACACAAGAAGCAGCCGAUA